AUGGAAAGUCAAUUUACCUACGAGCACUUGUCCAACGACCCUACUGGCCUGUUACACAAGAGAAAUGUUGCAGCUCCUAUCGGACCUUUCGAUGGAAGGCUGGGUGCAUUGGUUGAAAAAGGGUGGUUCAUGGUGACCCCCAAUGCAUUAGGAUUGUACCAGCCUUCUCUUGGUAUCAACCGGGAGAUGUACAUGCGAGCAGACUUUAGAUAUGCCGCCGACGACCCUCUAUUGUGGCCGCAGUUCUAUGUACGCUCGGAUCCAUGGCUCAGCUGCAUACGAAAGCGUCCCAAGGACCCACUUGACCCCUUCCUACCACUCUACAAUCCUGUCGCUCGCUCUGAUUUCAGUACAUCUGGAUCUGCAUCACAGGACAGUCAACUCGGAAAGUUUUCGGACGCGUCCUUCAUUUGUCUACGCGCGGCCGCUCAGAAAGUCAUUGACAUGUCCGAAUCUCAGAGCUGGGGGUCGUCUGACUCAUUGCUUAAGGAUUUUCGUCGUGGACUGUGCACGCUCCUUCAUUGCCUCGAGUCAUUGCCGUUCAUUUUCGAUAGAAUUCGUCUGGCAGUGGCGGAGACGCAGCGCGUAGCAAUUGAAAUGCGUGCUAUCAUGGACUAUAUCACAAUUUACCGCCCACGUAUGCUGGCAACCAAUGUCCCUUCCUCUACCAAAAAUAUAGCCGAUACGGAGCUCAUCGGGGCCUUUACGACGGACCCUAUUAUCGUCGAAGAGUUUUUCAGAGCCAGAAUUCCUGUAUGGCUUCUGCUCAAGUUGGACCGACUCCCUUUCACACGAAUCGAUGCCUACACCUCCCCUUUAGAACCAAAUCAAUAUCUUAAUAUUGAGUCUCCACGAAUACGGCUUCGAUCGGUCUUUAUCGGGGCCUCUGACCAAGCUGAAAAGUACAAGGCAUUUCGGCUCUUUACUCGAAAUCACUUGAGAUUGCCGAACCCUUUUGCGCUCGUCCCCGGCGAAGUUCGUUUGGACCCUCCUCUACCAGAGCCAUUGUCAUCAACACGUGGAAAACCAUAUGAUGUUUCUACUCAAAGAGCGAAACAAAAGCAUCCGAGUCAAUCUAACCAGACAAGAUUCCUUUCAGUCAUUGUUCACCCUCGUUUACCGCCUGCUAUCCCGGUAUGGCAGGCUGCGGUGGAGUCCACAAGCUCAGAUCGUUCUCGAUGUUACCCAGAAGCAAGGAUUGCCGAAGCAAACGGAUAUAUCUUUCCACGACCAGAUAUCUUCAUUGGUGCACAGGACGAACACAAAGCUCUCGAACUCGUGAAAGCAUGGCUAUGCCUACGUCCUCUGCUACUGGCACGAGUUUCUUGUUCAUCGUAUUCAGCACAGCCGGUAGCUCAUCAAUCCUGGCGCAUUAUUCUAAACUUGGACCAUUUGAUGAAGAAUGCAAGAUCAGAUGGCGCCAGCUCAUCCAGAAGCACACCGACGAAAGCCGAGAGACGUAGAGAACAAGCCGUCGCUUUUUUGCAAGGUUGCGCGGGCGAGCUGCAGAUUGAUACUAAAUUCAAUGUUGGUCCUGCAGUUUGGAGAGGCAUAGAGCUCGAGAUGUUAACAAAUGAUCAUCAUCGGGAAAUCGCCUGGGAGCUUGCAGAACUCAACUUCAGGACAUCCGACUUGGCGGCAGAGAGCUCCAUACGUGUUUCCAUUGAUGAUGAAUGUGAUGCGCUCUUGGAAGGCUUGCCUGCAUUUGAUCCAACAGAAGAGGACCAAUUAUAUGGAAGCCACAAUUUGAUGAGAUCGAAAAAUGUGUUGCUCUUUUCUAUGUGGAGUCGUUCUUUCGCUUCUUCGGUCGUGCACCAGUCAUUCCGCGUCAUCUCCCCCAUUCUCCGCAGACUUUCGUUUGUGCCCGAGACAUGUGAGGAAAUGUAUACAGAAAGAUCGGGUCUUGUGUUUGAUAUUGCGCAGUUCCAUGAGCAGUAAUACCUUUUGAAGCUGGAGUAUAACUUGUUGAGUUAGGUGCGUUCUCUGGUGUCCUUUCGCAUUAUCCUCUCACUGUUAAAAGUUUUUAUAGUAUAGUAUCCGUUUAUAUGUUUUCAGCUAUGCCGUACUACAAUGUCUAUUUCCUUCAAUCACGGCCACCAGUAUACUUGAGGGAUUUCAUCCUGAGAAACAUAUCGCUGUCAAUGCUAUCAACAAUCAAAUACUCCUUGAAUCCAUCGCCUGGCUUGGCCCCAAAAUCUUCAACCAAGAGCGCCCCUCGAAUAAUCAUGUAGACGGAUACAAAUACUGAUUUUUCUUUCUUUCGUGCACGGACUCGAUAAAAGCCAAGGUCCUUGUCUAGCUUUGCAGUUGUUGUGCCUACGGGUUCAUCGAGAGGACGGACAAGGGCGAGAGGAAACGUUUUUCCUGCAAUAACACAAGUGAAGACCAUUAUAAGCUGCGCGAAGAAUGGACGCUCGGUGC